ACACCAUUCCUUGCCUGUGCAUCCUUAGCCUAGCGAUAUCUCUCAGACCGCACCGAAGCGCGCUUAAUUGAGACGCUCACGAUUUUCUAUGGCAUGCAGAAAGCCAGUGCCUACCUAGCAUCUGGAAGUUUUCUUUCGUUUUUCAAGGAGACUCCGUUAUACACCGUCUUUGGUAAUUUGACUUUUGCACUGGUGGUGCGAUCGGUCAUGGAUUAUGCGGAAGGAGACGCCGCUUUUUAUGCCCGUUUAAAUUGCACGAGAAAUAGUUCGGCGGAUGUUCUGAUGUUUCUCAACCGGAGUGAUCCCGGCUACUUGACCCAGAGAUACCACUACAUCAGCAUUCUGCUCGUUCUGGCUGGUUUCGGUGUGGUGCUCAAUGCCAGCAUGAUUGCGCUCCUGCUGAAGAGUGCCAUAUAUCGUCAUUCGACACUGAGCAUCUUGUUACUGCAACUGUUCGUGGCUAAUUUGAUGGUAUCGGUGUUCUGUUUACUGGCCGACGGGAUCUGGAACAUCACCGUGCAGUGGAUGGGUGGGGAUCUUCUCUGCCGCGUCAUCAAAUUCUGCCAGAUGUUCAGUUUAUACGCCACCACCUUAAUCCUCACCGGAAUGAGCAUCGAGACCUGCAUUACUGUGACCUUUCCACUGAGUAAAUCCAGUAAGUCGGAAAGUCAAUCCCGUGUGAAAGUUAUCACCGGAUUCGCCUGGCUGGUGUCUUCGAUGUGCAGUGUGCCGCAGGCAGUGAUUUUCCAUACGGAUCGCGCUCCAAUUUGCGCAAAAUUCUAUCAGUGCGUUACGCAUGGCUUUUACUCCAGUGCCGAUCAAGAGCUCGCCUACACCCUAGCAACUCUCAUCAUCAUGUGCUUGAUUCCGUUGUGUAUUAUUGUUAUCUGUUAUUUGGUCAUUUCCAUUGCCAUCACACAGGAAGCCCGGAUUGCGGCUGGAAGUCCUGAUUCUGCCACGAAUGUGCGAUUGUGUAUGUGCCACCCAGAAGAAAUCAGCAUUUCCAUGCCCAGUAUGCAAAAUACCGCGAUACUAUGCCACGCUAAUACGGGCCACGGUAAACGGAUGUACCGGAAAACCCGGCAAAUAUCUUUGUGGAUGACUUUCAUUACGGCUGCUAGCUUUGUUAUUUGCUGGGCGCCGUACUACACCGGAAUGCUGGGAUACUUAUUCCACUGGACUAUUUCCACUAAGACGAUGACUAUCAUUUUUUGCUUGGGAAUGAGUUUUUCGGUGAUCAACCCGAUUAUUUUUGGUGGAUUCCUGCUGACACGUCACUCCACAUGGCAACAACAGUGGCAAUUCACAGCUAGGCGACCUUCUGUAUUCGCGUCCAUUUUCUUUCGAGAGCAUGAAAUGUAAUCUGAAUAAUUCAUUUUGGUGUUGGUGUCUCUUCUGCCAUGCUCUGUAGAUAAGACGCUUAUUGUACGAGGAAAAGCUUUCUCUAGCACAAAUGUGCAAUGGCUACAGAAGAUUACUACUAUAGAAAAGAAUUUUGAUCAUUCUCUCGAAAAACUCGAUUUCUUUUGUUUUUUAAUGCCUCCUUAUUAGAACGAAAAUUGCUGUUCUACCACUCAACAAAAAAUUAUCUGGGAUGU